AUGGCGUUGCUCGCCGUGAAGCCGCUGGACGCCACCGACGGCUACCUCCGGUGGAAGGAGUCCGUGCUGCUCCGCCUCCACACCGUCGGCGUCGCGCACGUCCUCUCCCAGGACCCACCGUCCGGUUCCGGUAGCGACGCCGCCGCCGCCUCCGCCGAGGCGGCCAAGACGUGGGCGCGCGACGACGCCAUGUGCCGCGGCCACAUCCUCGCCACGCUCUCGGACCGCCUGCUCCCGGACUACGUGCACCACGCCAACGGCAGGGCGCUGUGGGAGGCCGUGGCGCGCACCUAA